AUGUCCGUGUCAAAAUCCAUCCCCGCGUUCAGCGUCGUGGAGCCCAUCUCCAAAGCUCUCAAAUCAGCAAUCAUGGAUGCCGACGUUGAGACCUUACGAGUCGCAAUAUUCCAAUUAUGCGAGCGAGGAGAGAGUACCUCCGUAAGGAGCACGCUGGAAAAAUGGUUGGUUCCCAAGAAGGAUCUCAACGAAUUGAUAGCACUUAAGGGUGAUAAGGAAGGAUCUUCAUCAAAGCCAAUCGAUAUUCCGAGUAGCCCGAAGGCUCAUUCUCCACAACUUGCUACUUGUGAGCACUGUAAUGAGGAUUUUGAUCUUUUGGAGAAUGAGGAGAAGGCUUGUGCGAAGCAUACUGGUAUGAUGACUCUCGGUCUUUUUGUAAUCUUACCACAGAUAUCUAAUAUUGCCGAACAGAAUCUAAAUACGCCAACAUGGAUUCGAAAGUUUGGGAUGACCACGACGAGGACUGUCAUAGGGAUCCAGAUGAUCUUGUUGACGAGCCUGGUUAUGCAGGAGGUUUUCUUUAUGAAUGUUGUGAUCGACCUGUUACUGACAAGGGAUGUUCACCAACGCAACACAAAGGCAACUGCGGUCACAUAUUCUUACCGGCCAACUGCUGGUGUCAAACGACGACUCUCCAUUCAAGGUCCGGAACCUAAAGUAAUUCGAUUACGCUAA